AUGUCUACACUCUCGUUUGCCAUUCGUGGUACGACAAGGAAGCACCUCGGCUGUCAAUUUGGCAGGACCACUUUCACGACUGGACGACUCACACACAUACACCGAUGUAGUAGAAGACAGCUGAAUACAACGACUGCGAGGGCAGAGCCUGCUCUGAACACCCAAAGCCCACGACUUGGACAAGAUGCACCUUUCGAACGUGCGGUGGCACAGCCAAAGGCAUUCCAAGCAUCGGCAAAACCUGAUCAUCUGAAGAAUGCGGACUACCUUGCUCACCCCAUACCAAGAUUUGAAGGCGAAGGGGUCCCGGAACUAACACUGCAGUUUAAUGAUGGCAAAUUGCAAUUCUACAACGAGGCCGACAACCACACCACAACGAUAUCUGGACGUUGGCUACGAGACAACUGCUCAUGCUCUCAAUGUCGGAAUGUCGACACUGCCCAACGCCAGAUCAAUGUCCUCAAGGGUAACAUGAACACAGAGAUCACCAGCUGCGAUCUGUCCGGACCGAACGACAGCACAGUCACAGUCACCUUCGGUGAUGGCCACACGAGUGAAAUACCAGUCGCCUCGAUCCUCAAGCGAAGAGGUCACAGAAUGACCCAGUCCCGCUACGGCCUCACACCCAUCACCAUCUGGCAAGCCGACAUCUCGAACUCGCCACCAUCCGUCUCCUACUCCACCGUAGAUAAGCAGCCCGGCAUGGCCUCCCUCCUCACCCAAAUCCGCACCCACGGCUUCUGCUUCAUCAAAGACAUACCCGUCACCCCCGAAGCCACAGAAACUCUCCUCAAAUCCAUCGGCCCCAUCCGCGAAACCCACUACGGCGGCUUCUACGACUUCACCUCCGACCUCUCCCUCAAAGACACCGCCUACACCUCCGAAGCUCUCGAACCGCACACCGACAACACCUACUUCACCGAGCCCGCAGGUCUGCAAGCCUUACACAUGCUCUCCCAUACCGACGGCACGGGCGGCGAAUCAAGCCUCGUCGACGGCUUUGGCGCUGCCACACAGUUAUAUGUCGAGGACCGGGAGGCGUACAAGAUCCUCGCCGAGACGGGAGUGUACGCGCACGCUUCCGGGAAUGAGGGGAUUUCUAUCCAGCCAUCACACGCGUUCUCUACCCUAUCUCAUGAUCCAGAAGGGGGUUACCUCACGCAGGUCCGCUGGAACAAUGCAGAUCGCGCAGGUAUUGCCGUGGACUUUAAGGAUAUGGAGAGGUGGUACGAUGCUGCGGCGAAGUUUGAUGCGUUACUCAAUGAUGCGAAGAAUGUGUAUUGGUUCAGACUUGAGCCGGGGACGAUGGUCAUUUUCGACAAUUGGAGAGUGCUGCAUGGGCGGGCGGCGUUUACGGGGAAGAGGAGGAUGUGUGGAGGGUAUAUCCCGAGGGAUGAUUUCAUCAGUAAGUACAGGAGUGUGGCGCUGAGCAAGGAGGAUGUAGCGUUUUCAACGGUGACGGGGUAG